AUGGAGUGGGUGUUUCGGGGUUUGGCGGCUGUUUGUGCUGGAAUCAGGGGCCCUCCAUACAGACUAUUCAAUGGGAAUUCUACAGAUAUAACCAGAAUGAUCGAUGAGCAGAAAUCCAAACCCAUGCCACUCUCACAUGACAUACUCCCUCGAGUUCUUCCCCAUUUACAUCAGUGGGCCAAAACCUACGGUCAGGAUUUUAUUUUCUGGUUUGGGCCGAAUCCCAGGUUGGUUGUUCCCCACCCUGAGCUUAUUAAGGAGAUAUUGUCCACUAAAUUUGGCAACUAUCCAAAGCCUCCAGAUAAUCCCCUUUCAAGACAACUGGUUGGACAGGGACUUGUGGGGUUGAAAGGUGAGAAAUGGGCUCAGCACAGAAGAAUCAUCAAUCCUGCUUUCCAUAUGGAUCUGUUGAAGGGUAUGAUUCCAACAAUUGUGAAAAGCAGUGGCAAUAUGCUGGAUAAAUGGAGUAAAUUGGUACACUCAGGUGCAUCAGAAAUUGAAGUGCUGGAGGAGUUUCGUGAUCUCACAGCAGAUGUUAUUGCGAGCACAGCAUUUGGCAGCAGUUUUUCAGAGGGAAAGCAUAUCUUUGAUAUGCAGGUCAAGCAGAUGAUUCUUACAUCUGAACUAUUUCGCACUGUUUAUAUUCCAGGUUUCAGGUUUCUGCCCACUUCAAAGAAUAGGCAACGUUGGAACUUGGAGAAAGAAAUAAGAAGAUCCUUAAGACAAGUUAUAGAUGCCAGGGAAAAGACUGCUGGGAUUGAAAAAACAGGUAGCUCUGGUGCGGAUCUGCUUGGUUUUAUGAUGUCUCAGAACAGGGAGCAGAGGAGUCAAUGUAAAACUAAUGCGAGCCUGAGUACAGAGGAAAUCAUUGAUGAAUGUAAGACUUUCUACUUUGCCGGCCAUGAAACGACCUCAGUCCUCUUGACAUGUGCUAUAAUAUUGUUGGGCAUACAUCAAGAUUGGCAAGAGCGAGGUCGCAGAGAGGUGCUGGAAGUAUGUGGGAGAAACAAUUAUCCAGAUGCAGACAGCUUAAGCCGCCUCAAAAUUGUGGGAAUGAUCAUAAAUGAGGCCUUGAGACUUUAUCCACCUGCAGUGUUCCUCUUGCGACAGGCAUGUGAGCCAAUGAAACUUGGAAGACUAUCAAUUCCUGCAGGCAUCCAACUUGUGCUUCCGAUCCUUGCAAUUCACCAUGAUCCUGCUUUGUGGGGAAAUAAUGCCAAUGAUUUUGACCCAGGGCGAUUUAGCGAAGGAAUUGCAAAGGCUACAAAACAUCCAAUGGCAUUCAUGCCCUUUGGAUUAGGUCCAAUAAUCUGUGUGGGUCAGAAUUUUGCCUUUUUGGAAGCAAAAUUAGUGCUGGCUAUGAUUCUGCAAAAGUUUUCUUUUGUCACUUCACCUUCUUAUACUCAUGCUCCUUUGCAAUUUCUCACUCUACGACCUCAAUAUGGAGCUCAGGUUAUCUUCCACGUAGACUAAAGUUUGAGAACAGUAC